ACUGUUUCGUUGGGUCAAGUGUCGAGUGUUAAAACGACCACAUGAUGUGAUUACAGAUAUAACAAGCUAUUUGAGGGUUGAAAAAUCAAAAUAAUCAGUCUUUUAAAUUUCAGUUGAAUAUUUGUCGAUUCUUUUUUCUCUUGGCUGGUUUGACAGCUGUCAAACUGUUUCCGUUAAGAGGCUUUGCAAAUGGCCGACCACGAGUAGUAGCCUUCAUAACUCAAAUGUCAAAAAAUGUUGUAAACAAAACUGAUCAUUCGACGCCGCAAUCAAUUCAGCUGCAGGUGAUAGCAAGGCUGUAGAUUGAAGAUCAUGCUUGAAUACAAUCAAAAAACUAAAUAGAUUGACCGCAGUGGAUUUUGUAAUUGCUUUGAGAGCAUAAAUCUGACUGCACAACAGCACAGUUAUAAAAAUGAGUGACGAGGAAGAUACAGCAAUAUUGUUGAAUGGUGGCAAUCAAGCCACAGAAAUACCUGAGAACAAACCUGCAACUGAUGAUUAUCAAUGUAUACCAGUGAAAAACCUGCGGAAACCUAUUCCUAAACAGAAGGAUAAUUUGACCCCUUUGACAUCCAGAAAUCAAGAUCUUCUUGUGUCAAUAGUCGCUGUAUUAGCUGGUGUAUCUUUUGGAUAUGACAUGGGAAUUGCAAAACCAACUGCUUCUGCAAUAAAAGAAGAAUUUAAUCUGAGUUGUUUUGAGCAAGAAACUGUCAUCAAUGUCUGGUUUGUUGGAGCCCUUUUGGGUGCAUUGACAGGUGGGAUUCUGAUAGACAGUUUUGGUCGUCGAUGGACAAUGAUUUUUACCUUAGUACUCCUGACGUUUGGUUCUUUGCUGUCGGCACUGGCAAAUCAUUAUACUCUUCUGUUAUGUGCUCGUAUAAUAUCUGGUUAUACCGGAACAGUGUCAGCUAUUGCACAAUGUAUUUACAUGUCUGAAGUAUCCGAGUCUAACAAACGGGGGUACAACAUUACGCUUCACCAAUUUGGCACAGCAGCAGGCUUGUUGUUUGCGGUAAUAGCUGGUGCUAAUAAGAGCACAGAUUAUCAGUGGAGAAUUGCAAUGGGUAUAACAGCUAUACCAGCACUAGUAACUUGUGCUAUCACAAUAAUCUUUUUGCAAAGAUCUCCGCCAUUUUUAUUAUUGCAACGCACUCAACAUGUAGCAAGAAAAACAGCAAAGAAUCCAUGGAAUAAUGUGUUAGAGAUGUUUUUCAUUAUGGCUGGUAUGUUGAUUCUUCAACAAGGGACAGGAAGACGUCAGGUUUUGUUCUAUGCGCCGAGGUUAUUUGCGUUGCUGGGAAUUUGCUCCAAUGUGGCACCAACAACUGCACUGGUAGCACUCGGAAUUGUUAAAGUAUUUAGUACAAUACUUUCAUUGGUAGUUGUUGAAAGAUGCGGUCGUCGAACCGCUUUGAUUACAUCUGCAACAAUUUGCAUGACAGCUGUCUCCCUACUGUCACUACUUGCGACGUUUGACAGAGGUGAUGACACACUGGCCAGUAUCAAUUCUAAUUGUAUCAAUACAAUCAACGUUAACAUGGGCAAUGAUAAUAUGCGGAAUGGAAAUAACAUACCCAUUGGAUCACCACCACCCUUCCCUCUUCUACCAACGCCAUUGGCUAUCAUAGCCCCCAGUCCUGAAACAUGGACACAAGUUAAGGCAUCUUGCGAGACUCAAAAUAUAGUCACAUCUGAAGGACUGAAUGGUGGCUUACGUAUAUUGGCAGUCAUAACUUUAUUGGUUUAUGAAGCCGCUUACGCAUUGGGCUUGGGUCCUGUUUCAUUUUUAACAUUGAGCGAGGUAUUUCCAGCAACUGUCAGAGGAAAAUGUGUCAGUUUCUCAAUAGUUGUCCUCUGGAUCUCAAAUAUAGUGGCUACGGAAUUGGUUACUAAAAUGAUAAAAUCUAUGACACUGGCAGGCUCCUAUUUAUUAUAUAGUUUCAUGUGCCUCGUCACCAUAUUCUAUGUUUUCUUGCUAAUUCCUGAAACUAAAGGAAAAUCAUUACAUCAAAUUGCACAGGAAUUACGGAAAAUGUCGCUAUCUACUCGUGUGUGUAACAAUCUCUGCAGUUUACCUAUCGUCUGUCAUAUUGAUUGGAUAAAAAAAUACAGCGAUAAUACUGUCAAUGGUCAGAGCACACUCAUUUGAGAGUGACUAAAGACAGAUCAAAACGAUGUAGAAUUGGAAGCUAUUACGAAAAAAAUUAGCGAUGAAUUGGAUACAUUGGAUGUUAUUGAUGACGACAUAAAUUGAAAUCGAAAUAUUUAUGAUCUUUCAACAUUAAACAAAUGAAAGUCGAAUGCAUUUUUAAAAUACUAGAUAUUAAGUAAUACUGGUCAGGAAUAUUCACCCGUACAUCAUUAUUUUUCUUAGCUUUUCUAGCUUCAGUAUCUAACUGUAUUCUUUAAUAAUUUUAGUUUGGUCAUUUCGAUUAGAAAUGAACGCACUGUUAAACGUAUUUGUAAUUUCUGACUAACGCCCCUUUGGAAUGAUAUUUCAAAAGAAAAUAUACAUACAUAUAUUCAGAGACAACGAAAUGAUAAUCAUUACGAGUAAACUAACUGUGCGAAUCAUAGUUCUACUGUGAUUACAUACAUUCAAUUUCGAUACGUAAGCAAACUGAAUAGAAGGAAAGAUAUUCUAUUCAAACUUUAACUAAUGUUUCAUCUUUGUACUGCUAUUUUUUUUUUCUUGUUUUUUACCAGAUUUACGAUUUAACAACGAAGUACUCAUAAGAAUUACAAUCUUUUCAUGUCAUUACAUCCGACAACCAUUCGUCAAUUCACUCAACAGUAUUUGGUAAAUAGAGGUAUUUGUAUUACCGAUGUUACUUUAAUCAUAAUUAAUUGAGGAUUGAUUUCCAACACAAUAACGUAAUGUAUGUAUAGCGAAUAAUACAGUAGGUGACAUAUUGUGGGACUGUGAUUAAAAUUAAGAUGUUAGGUAUAAAAUUGACUAAUUACGAUGAUCAUGUUUGUUCCUUUUUGAAAAUAAUCUGAAAGUUGUACAAUUGUUGAUAUGUUUUGAAUCGCACUUACUGCACUUUUUACAUACGCAUAAUUUUGGCAGCUGUAUAUUCUAUAUCAUCCUUCUUUCGAGAAUAAUUCGAAUUUUUCCAAUCAGAUUUUCGAGUACCAUGAAUGAAAAGAAUUCGGUUUACUACGAAUGAUUGUCAUUGUUUCUCUAUUCAAGAUCUUACUUCACUACAGUCAACGUGAAUAAAACAUGAUCAUCUGAACUGGAUAAACGAGUUGGUGUCAAAUUACUAUUAGAGAAAAUUACGAUACGUAGAAAAAUAUUUAUUCAUCACAGAAUCAAUGCAAUACUUAAAAUUUUUAGGUAGGCAGUUUAUAAGUCUGACAGUUUGAUUAUCCUACGCUAAAUUGAGAACGUAUAAAAUAAUAUUUAAUUUGUAUACAAAAUAAUAAAAGUCAGAUUCAUAUUACCCAAGCGGCAAGUAAGUCGGCAGGAAUAUUUUAGUUUGCAUACCUUGUUACAAACUAGUGGUAGUUGAUUGUCAUUGUUCAAGAGUAUUUCGUUAGGAAUAAUAGUAACAAAACUUUCGCAUCUACUAAACCGAAUAAACUCGGUUUUAAUAUCUCCGAAUGUUGCUAUUCACUAAUGUAGUCUCUUCAUUCAUACAUCAUUUAUUUUACACUCUAUUUUUAUUUAUUACUCUAUCUAUAUCAUAAACUAUAUGCUAUAGUUGUAUAUAUAAAAAAAAACUUGAAAAACUAUAUUAUUAGCUGUAAUACUUUACUGUAUACCAACGUAACAUCACUUUAUGUGAGAAACAAUAUAUCGUCUUUAAGUAUUUAUGCGUGACGAUUCA